AUGGCCGCCCUCGUCCAAGCAUACCCACAACAGUCCAGUACCGUCACCAUGCUCCAGACUCGUCCAUCUUCUGCCUCUGGCAUCCUUCAAAAUCCUGGCCCAGGCCAAUCUCACCCAUAUCCAACAAGUGCACCCCAAUCGAACCGGAAUAGUUUCCACGGGAUGAAUAAUACUAUGGGCGCAUCUACCUAUCGUGGGGCUACAACGGUAGCACCGAUAGCACCGUAUGCUUUCACGACUACACCCAGUCUCAAUAUGCCGGGUCAGCGGACAGGGAGUGUGCCACAUAUUCAAGCAAACCAAAGAACAAGCUCGGCUCCUGGCUCUGUACCGACUCUCAGACAGUCUGAGCCUAGCAAUGGUUCACGAUCACGAUACCCAGCUCCUGCUUCAGUAUCAACAACGUCUUCAUCGAGCUCGUCAGACCUUUCAUCUCUCAGCCAGAGGUCCGGCGCCAAAGACGACUCAUCAAUUGGCGGUUCUACACGAGCAUCGUCUGGCAAUCCGAGGCCUAGUUCAACUCUUCUGUCCGGCAAUGGGGUGAAUUUAGCACCUCCACCUCAAUCAUCGCCAGGCAAAGCCGCUCCGGACAGGUAUCGAAGGCCAAACAAUGGCCGUUCGCAAUCAUCAACCACCUCGUCAGUCAAUAAUGCUACUGUCGCUACCGCUCAAACCUCGACUCUUCCAAAUGUGAUGCAAUUCUACAGUGCUGCUACACAAAAACCCGCUACUACAUCUCCGCCGAAAUUCAACCUGCAGAUGCCGCAAUUUACCUCUCAGACCCUUGACUUGAGUCCAAGUUUGAAAACAGUUGAUGACUCCCAGAUCAAUCGACAUAUUUCUCAAGAUCAAGCGAAAAGAUAUCGUCGGCGAAGCAUACACACUAUUGAUGCAGGGGACUAUUCUUCAGGUGCCCCAAUUCUUAACCCGGCAGGAUUGCUGCAGCAGGGGUCGAGACAAAGCAGCAGUGCCAAUGGCAGGAUUGAUCACCAACAACAGCAUCCCUUACGAAGUUCACCCAUCGUCAAUCAUCGUCCCUCUUCUUCUCAUGGACGAACAGGUAGCAGUGACAGCGUAGGUUCCGCUCGUGGCAGUCCUCAUUCACGACCAACUUCCGCCAACAAGCGAGAAGCCGGCGCCUCUAUGGCAUCUGCAAACCCCGCCUCAUCAUCAAUUACUGCAACAUCCACUUUGGCCGCUGAACACACCACAAUCAAGCAUGACCUCCCUAAACUUGUAAACAUUCCACCGCGUGCUUCAUCUUCCGAUGCCGCAAAGCGAAUUGCCAAUCCAUCUCCUUUGUCGAAGCCGAUGACGAUGAGCCCUGAGUCUGCGGCCCCGGCCUCCAAAGACUCCUUUGCAUCGGCGGUAAACGCGGCCCUUCAGCAGCCUCCUAAGCAAACAUAUGCGCAGGUCGCAAAUGCCGGUAGUCCUGCUGCUAAACAUUUGGCCGCUUUAAACGAUCAAGAUGCAAAGAAAAGUAAAACUUCUCGAUUACGAAGAGCAUUUUCAUUUGGUAGCGCAGCAGAAUUAAGAAGGGCUUCGGCGCAGAAUAGUGCAGCAGCCAACAAUGGGUUAUCUGCCGCCGACCGGUCGAAGAUUCGCAAAGAAAAAUACCAAGAGGAUCAAGAUGCAGAACAAGCAAAAAUUGCUGAGCAGCAGGAGGCUGCUGGCAUUGGGUCUGGAAUUUAUUCGGGUCAGGGAAAUUUCUUUGGAGGAUCCACGGAUAAUCUAUCCAUAUCAUCCACCGCUUCUUCGGCGUCUGUGAUGAUACGAAAGAUGGGAAAGGGCAUGAAGAAAUCUACAAGAUCACUAGUCGGACUUUUUCGACCUAAGUCUGUUAUCGGGGUUCCUGCAGCAGACUCAGCUCUACCUCAAGCCAGCCAAGCACAAGUGUCAAUGGUCACUGUUGAAGCUGAGCGAGAGAAAGUCAACGUGAAUGCUAAUCCGCAUGACCAGGCUGGCGGUGGCACCGGUUAUCCUCGUCUUGAAAGGAAUUCCGUUGAAGCGGGUCAUGUUGGUGUGACUCCUGAACGACUAGGAAGCUCUUCUACCGAAAACUCUGGCGCUAGAAGAAGCAUUGUUGGCGGUGAAAGAGAGCGAGCAGAGGUGUUGGCGGCAGUUAAGAAAGGCAUCUUGAAGCGCUCUGGAACUGACUCUGGUAACUCAUCUCCUGUGAUUCGACCACUCGACCAAAAGACGCCCAAUUUUCAACUACCACAAAUACCCAAUAUGAGUGACACCCCUAACUCAUCUGCGCCCUCAACUCCAAACGAUGAUCAGCAAGCCCACAAAAGGACGGGAUCAGUCACCCUAGGUGGGGAGGAUUACUUCAUGUCCGCCUUGCGAUUCAGAGGGGACUCCAAAAGCGUCCCAACCACUCCUCAAGGUGCAAAACAACGUGCGACUUUUAGUCCAAGGAUUGUUUUUCACGACACCUGGCCCAGUCAGGAAUAUGAUCGUCGAGGAGAAAUUGCUACUUGUAACCGCUUGACUCCCAUGCUUGCCCAACAGAUCAAAGAGGAGCUAAACACUUUCAAGAUGGAAAUGGAAGUGCACGAAAGUUCUAAAGUUUACACACAUUUCUUCUAA